CAAUAUGGUCUAUUACUAAAUAAUAGACCUGUUUAUUGUUGGGCCACUGCUGGGCUGGUUUUUCAGUUUUCUUAUUGUUGGUGUUUUUUAACCGAAGUAGCGAAUUUUACAGAUUUAAAAUUUCUUUCUCAUUGUUAUCUACACAAACAAAAGGUUGUAAAUUUUCUCCUUUAAUUAUUUCUAAUCUAUUCUAGUAAACGUUUAUUAAAUAUGUAAAAUAAAGUUAGAAGCCGGUAGUUAAAAGGUGUUUCUUAGCAAUUCUUGUGAUAUUUAUGAUGGAUGCUGAGUUUACGGGCUGUAGUUUACGGAUUUCUGUACAGUGGUGGGGAAAAAGUGGAUCGGUCACAUGGCGUCUGAUCUAAGCAAUUGUAUCGAUAGUAAGAGCAAAAACAAUUUCAAGCUUUAUGAGAAAACGUAGUUGAUAUGCAUUCGUGUAUUCAGUGAAAUAACCAUGUUAUACUUAUUUUCUGAAAAUAGGCUAAUAUCUCACUGGCAGUAAGAGGGUACAUUUCAAUCGAAAUAAAGGAAUUCCCGUGGCGUGUUAAACAAACAUAUUACUUUUGGUCAGCAAAAAAAUGUCAAAAUAUAUUUAGCGUUAUUAUUCAAUUUCUGGAGAGUGGGUUGCUUCAGAUUCAAUUAGGGCGGGCACUAUGUUCAGGUUUAUCAUAAACACUUUAAAUGAAUGUUGGUUUUUAUGUAGCAAUAGUAAAAGGAACUUAAUUGUGGCAAUGCGGCAAUAGUCGGUACUUACUGCAGUUAAGAGGUGGUCUUAUGGCGCAUUUAUUUAUAAUUACCAAGACAGUUUGUUGAGUCACGUUUUAGUUCAUAUGCAAUAAAUCUCUAAAAGGUUUGUUAAUUAUUAUAGUGGGUUAGCUAUAAGCCAAAUAUGGCUUUUUUCGGUAUUUACUUAUUAUCUUUAUUGUUUAUUUUAUUGCACACAUGGACACGCGAAACCGGAAAAGGCGCCGUCCGUCGGUCAAACUACACCAGCAUCCCAGCCAAAACCUACCUGGCACCAGCCAACAACCCCGUCAGCUGCCUUCCACCCAAAUGCCCGAUCAGCUGCCCCCCAACCAACAGCCUGUCCAGCUGCCUCCCAACCAACAGCCUGUCCAGCUGCCUCUCACCCCCAGCCAUCGACUCGGCCAAUGGUCUUCAAACCAACAGUCCGGCCAUCAACCCGACCAGCUGCCUCUCAGUCAACAACUGGGCGACCAGAUGCAGCCUGCAGCAAGCCAGCCAGAUCCGGCUGUUCAAUCGGGUGGAAUGUCCGUUGGAACACUAAGUGACCGUUUCCAAAUUAAAUGUCUGGAGUUCACCUGUAUGAGUAGGAUGAAUGCGGACGAUGAGAAAGAUGUACAGGAAGUUUUAAAGGAAACAAACAAAAAGGCUGUGGAUGCGUUUAAGUUGCUUAUGGCAGGGGGAAGACGAUUGUUUACGAAAAGAAAAACUUCAAGUUCUGGUGUUAACGAUGGAUUGUCAAGGAAGGACGAGCUGUUCAAUGAUUUGGUUGGUGACUUUGAAAAACAGGGGCUAGACUGGCCAAGUAGUCAAGUAUCCAUGGAAGGAGCUUACUUUAUUCAGUGCCAUGACUUUAAUUUAUCCUAUGCAAUGCUCUGUGGUACCUUACAAGUCAUCAUGAAGUGAUAAAUGAUACAGCCAAUCGCCAACAAGAUGUCAAACCCAUUACUGAGGUUUUUAGCAGUUAUUCAGGUUACAAUGAUGUGAAAAGGAAGAAAAUGAAGGGUCAACAGAUGUCACAGUCAGAUCUCGCCAGUCAUAGUCAGGCCUUGUACAGCCUUUUGAUGAAACCAGUUGUUAAAAGCACACCUGCAUGGAACGAAGCUUUCAUAAACAUCCAGAUGUUAGCCAAUUGUAUGGACUCGUACAAGACUUACUUACAUGAACAACUGGAGACUCAAACAGAAAACCAGAAGCAACUUCAUCCAUGUAAACCUGUAUCAGAGAAUGCUACUGUUGAGCAUAGGAAGAAAGUAGAUUUUAUUGCACAAAGAUAUUCGAGAAUUGAUCAAGUUAUGAGAGAUGCAGAUGAAAUGUCAACAGUAUUUUUUUAUGAAACUUUACAUCUUAAAGAUCAGUUUGAAGAUUCCAAACAAAGAUCAAGAUUUUUUGAAAACUUGUUUUUGACUGUGCCGGUGUUUAUUAUAAGAUAUUGUCCAGGUGGGUCAAGGGUUACAACUUCUUGCUUGAUCAAAUAUGCUGAUAACAAACCACCAGAGGCGAAGAUACUUAUAGAUGGAGCCCGUUUGUUAAACAAAAUACAGAGCAGACUUAAUGAAGUACACACUAGGGCGCAAAAGAAAGCAUUUAAAGAGAAGAUUGAUUUGAUUACGACAAUGACUCCCGCAGUGAGAAGCUUCAUUUACAGUCAUUUAACAACUGAUGGAUCGGCGUCCUGUAAUCCUGAAAUGUAGGAAAGAAUAAGGUUGAUUUCCCUUGGAAACACAGAAAUAGUAGAUGAUUUGAGGCAUCUUAAUACAGGUAGACCAAAGGCUUUUGAACCAUUCUUUGACAAGCUUGAAGAAGUUAUUGAAGAAGUCACAGCUGCUGAUGACAGGAGGCAUAACACAGCACAUCUUAGUCAGUGGUUUUCUGUUGAAGAACUCAUCGAAUGUACUAAAGCACGGUUACCAGAAGACACACCCGUACCACCUGGAAGCUUAGUAAGGCUACAGUUUGCCCCAAAAAACCCCUUCACUCACAGGGCACUCUGUUUUACUGGAAGAUUCGAUGUGCAGUAUAAAGUUCAGCGAAAGCAGCUUCGUGUAAGCCAUCAAGAUCAGCAUUAUUGUGCCGCAAUUCUGAAAUAUUUCAAACAUAUGGCUGUUGAACAAAAAGAUGCCAAACCAGUAGUGUUGUUCUGUGAUGACAAAGCAAAGAUACCAGUUGGCGAGCCUGAGGCGCCAGUAUCAACAGGUGUUAGAGGGAAAAAGACUCUUGCACCAACAGAAACAACGUUAAUAGCUCUUGAUCAUGACAUGACAAAAGCAUCAAUCACUCCCUCUGUCUAUCUGUCAUGUCAUGUUCCAGACACAGUGGACAAAUCGUUUGUACGAGGUGUUGUAACAACUGUCACUAAUGACUCUGUAUUUGAAACCUCGGGUCCAUUCAGACAUGCAGCGACAAUAUGUAAAAUGCUUAAGAAUGAACAGCCCAAGAUAGUGAUGAAAUAUACAGAUGGAGGAACUGAUCAACGAAAUAACUUGGAAUCAGUCAAAUGCGCCAAUAUCUGUGUAUUUAAAGAACUGAAUCUAGACAUGUUAGUUCAUGCCAGAUGUGCACCAGGGCACAGCUGGACCAAUCCGGCAGAGAGAGUCAUGUCUGUUUUGAAUAUAGCUCUGCAGAACUGUUCACUUGAGAGAGAGAAGCUGGCUUACGAACACGAGAAAGAGUUCCAAAAGUGUAACUCAAUGGCGCAAUUAAGAGAAGUCGCUGCAAAGAAGCCAGAGGUAAAAGUAAAAUGGAGGGAAUCAAUUGAGCCAGUCCAGAGUACCAUCAGGAACAGAUUUUUGCGCCUCAAGCUAAAAGACCACCCAUUUCAAGCCCUUGACCCCAUGACAGAAACCGAUAUCGAUGUUGUCAAGAGGCAUCUUCGGGAACUUUUCCCUACAUUGGAUACUGAUAAACUUCAAAAGGUUCAUACCAGUAAAGUUCCAGAGUAUGCGGACUUGAUGUCCAGACAUAGCCGUCAAAGUCAUUACAUCUUCCAGUUGAAGAAAUGUCAAGACGCAGAUUGCUGUAUUCCUGGAGAAAAUAUCGAUACACCUUGGCUGCCUGAUCUAAUGUUAGAUGAAACUGGUGAACAUUACUACCCCUAUGAUGUUGCGAAAACCAUGGAAACCUCAGAAGCCUGUCGACCAUCACUCAAACAAACAAAAACAUUAAUCAAACAAACAAAAAAGACGAAAUCCAGUGCAGGUAAAAGUCAAACCACGCACGACAACCCAUAUGGUGAUGAGCUGCAAGUAGAAGAACCCACACAACAUGAAACCCCGAAUGAUGGGAACGUUCAAGACACGUCUCUCUACACAACCCAGAAUGCGCGGGCUCUUGUCACAUGUGUUGAGUGUAGAAAGCCCAGAGUGAUAUACUGCAAACAAAGACUAACUGAAAGAAGCAGGCUAUCUUUAGCCAUAACAUUGAGCGAACUCGACUUUGUUUGUGGAUCGCCAAUUACAAAACCAUCCAGCAAGCUAACAGUCAGUUGCAGACCAUGCGAAUGUGCCACCCCAGUAGAAAUCCCAUAUUAUGGAAGUGCCUUAGGGCAAACUGAUGUAUGUGCCUUUUGUGGAAGUUCUGGUGGAGAGGUUGAUCAAGACCUAAAGUUGAAUUUCAAGACUGUCCUACCAUUAUGCAGACCAUGUAAACUGAAUGGCCUGAAGCCAAUUGUAUUCCGACCAUAUGGAAAGAAUAAGUGAUUGUAUCUUGAAAAAGCUGCAUAAUGGUAGGACAGUCUUGAAAUUCAUUUUCAUAGUACAGUCAAGUUACCAUUACCGGAUCAUUACGCAUAGCGGAUCACUUUGAUGUUCAAGACUGCGUUUUGCGAUAAAUAGUUGAAAUCACUGGGGGCUGACGAGGUCAAAGCGUAGUCCGUUUCGCUACGACGUCGGGUAUAUGUUUUACUACGAAAACAUGGUGUAAAUACACUACUUAAUCAGGCGAGUUCCAUAUUUUCUGGUGUUUAUGGAUUAGAGAACGGAACAUCCAGUAAUGGUUGGUACUUAUUUUCAAUAACAAACUAAUAACAAAUGCGCGUAGUUGCAACCUUUGAGUUUAUUUUGAGCUAAAAUCGAAAUAUUUUGAUUUGAAGCAAUGCAUAAGGUGGUUAUUCUGUUAAAAUAGCCUAUUACGGUAACUUAAAUUAAAUAAAACUACAUUUUA